UUGAUAUCCGAAUAACAGAGACCAAGAUGUUCAAGUUUGUAGUGUUGUGUGCUUUCCUCGCUGCGGCGUCAGCUACCCCCGGAGCGGUGCUCACAUCGCUGCCAUACGCCGCGCCAGCAGUGGUUCCCGCGCCGGCGCUCUACUCCAGCUACCCUAGCAGCUACUACAGCUACUCACCAUCCGUCGUGUCUGCUGCUGCUUUGCCUUACUCCGCACCUUUCGGAUACCCUCAUCUCAUCAAGAAACGCUCUCUUGCUCCUCUAGCUGUAAGCAGCUACAUCGCACCUUCCGCAUACUUGGGAUCUGCUCCUCUGGUCAACUCCUGGACUGGUGCCUACUCGCCUUACGCUGGAACCUACGCCAGUCCCCUGGCCACCACUUACUCGUCACCCCUGUACACCACCGCACAUCUGAUCAAGAAGAGGUCCGCACCGCUCAUCGUGCCUUCAACUUACCUGGCAUCUACCCCCUACGCUACUGCUCCCUAUGCCGCUGCUCCCCUCGUGGCUUCAACCUACGGCGCCGUUGGCCCCUACGUGUCGACUCCCUACUACUCUGCCGGCCCUCUUGCCUACACGAACUUCAUCAAGAAGCGAUCUGCUCCUCUGGACGUCCCAUCGGAGGAAUAAUUCAUCUGAUAUGACAGACAAUAUCUAAACUUCAACAAUGAAACCGCAGCGUAGCUUUAAUGCGAUUCUAAAAGAUUUUACAACAACUACUGUACAUUGUUGAAUAAAAAUUUGUAAAUUUUGUAA